UGACCAAACGUUGGGCCCUACCCCUACUUUUAGCUCUUUCCUUCCUCCCAAUUUCUAAAUCCUAAGCAAUCCCUAUCCACCCUCAACUUCUUCUAUUAAAUCCCACCACCACCACCUCCGCCGUUACGCCAUGGCAUCCUCCCCAUCCACCGCCGUGCCCCGUCUCUUCUACCACCCUGCCUACUGGUGCCACUCCUGCGACAUGAGCAUCGGUCUUCCUCCAUCCCCCACUCCCAACGCCCUCCUCUGCCCCCACUGCCACCGUGACUCCCUCGAACAGAUGGAGAUGGAGGAUUCUAUAACCCUGCCUUCUGCUUCCCCCAGAAACCCUUUCUCCCAGGACCCCGCCUCCGGCGCCACUUUCACCCCCUCCGACGACAACUUCCUCCUAAACAGCCCCUACCUCCACCGUCUCAUCCACCACCUCACCACCACCACCGCCGCUGCCAAUCCCCGAUCCAACCCCGCCCCCAAGUCUUCCAUAGAGGCGCUGCAAGAAGUCACUAUUACCCUCGAGAGUGACCCCACUAUGCUCUGCCCAGUAUGUAAGGACCCUUUUGUUGUCAACUCCGUCGUGAAGAUGAUGCCAUGUAAACACAGUUACCAUUCAGAUUGCAUAGUUCCGUGGCUCGAGAUAAAUAAUUCUUGCCCAGUUUGCCGGUUUAAGCUGCCCGCCGCGGAGGAGGAAACGGAGGAGAAUGGGGAGGAGGGGUAUGUGGGAUCUGUGAGGCUUGAGGAAUUGGUGGAUGAUGAGGUAGAUUUGUAUGGCUUUAGGAACACGCUAAGGCAUAUUGCGAGGAGGCAUCGCUGGAAUGAGGAGGGGCAUAUUGGGAGUGGGAGCGAGGGGAAUUUGUUGUCCCCUACGCAAAUUGGGGAGGUGGAGAGAGGGGAUGGGGUUUUAGAGAGGGAAAACAGUGUGGAGACUGUGUCGAGUUUGCCAAGGUGGCCGGUGGAGGAGAGAAGGGGUGGCAGCGGAGGAAAUGAUGGUACUGAUGCAUUUGCUAGGAGUUAAGUUCUAAUGGGGUGUUUAUUGGAUCUUGUUCUGUUUCCCCAGAAAUUAGAGGUGAUGUAAAUUUCGUAGGAGGCCAGAGCCGUCUUAUCACUGAUUUCGGUCAAGUGAAGUGUAAAUUUGCCAUGAAUGACUCUGCUUCUGUUUAAUAACAUUAAGUGUGAAUCUUGCAUUCCCUUCUACCUUUCUCCUUCAAUCUCUUAUCUCUUAGAAGUGUAAUCAGUACUCUUAAUGGUGCUUGAAACUUUGUCCAGCAAAUUUUGGUAAAUCAUUACGAAAUGAUUUAUAACGUUUUUGCUCUCCCCACCACCACCUCGGAACCUUUCUUUUAAGUUCUGAUUGUAGAUUGGCUUCCGCUUGGGUUGCCAUUUCGAGCCCGGCUAUAUUUACUUAAGUCCUUUCAUCAUAUUGUUCAUAAUUUGCUACUCUAAGAUGAUGAAAGGGGAUGUUUGGAUUUUACUUGUCAA